GCCGCUCUUGCUCAUCGGCUGCUGAUCGCACUCCAGCCUUCGCGACUCCCGAAAUCGCUUGCGCUUCUGCCCUCGAAAUCUUCCGGUAGAUUCGCGCGGUGCCCUCUUCUGUUAAUUCCCCUGAUCCCCUCCGCGCGAGGAUCCAUGGCUACGACGAUAGAUUGGCACGGCCGCGGCGCCGCGCUUCACGCGGCGCUGUACGAGAUGGCGGACAGCAAGGAGCUCGUGCGCGCGCUCGCCGUCGCCGCCCCGCCCGUGCAGCAGCAGCAGCAGCCUCAGACCAUCUCGUUCGCGUACCCGUGCUCCGGCGGCGUGGAGCAGCAGGGCGCGGCGAGCUCGCUCCUCGGCGCCGGCGCCGGCGGCCUGACGCCCGCGCAGGUGCUCCAGGUGCAGUCGCAGCUCCAGUUCCUGCGCCGGCCCGCCGCGGCGGGCGGCGCGCUGGCGGCGGUGGCCACGCAGCCGAUGAAGCGGCAGGCGCCGGCGCCGCUCCCCGCGCGGCCGGUGUCCAAGCUGUACCGCGGCGUCCGGCAGCGGCAUUGGGGGAAGUGGGUGGCGGAGAUCCGCCUGCCGCGAAACCGCACCCGCCUCUGGCUCGGCACCUUCGACACCGCCGAGGAGGCCGCGCUCGCCUACGACAGCGCCGCGUUCCGCCUCCGCGGGGACUCCGCCAAGCUCAACUUCCCCGAGCUCAGGCGCGGCGGCGCGCACCUCGGCCCGCCGCUCCACGCCGCGGUCGACGCCAAGCUCCACGCCAUCUGCAACGGCACGGACGUAGCGCCGCAGAACCAGAGCCAGAGCCAGAGCCAGAGCCAAAGCCAGAGCCAGAGCCAGAGCAACGCCACUGCGGCAACCGCCGCAACGACUCCGAGUACAUUCUCCUCGGCGAGCCCGGACAUCAAGAUCGAGCCGGGCUGCUCCGGGUCCGAGAGCUCGUCGUCCGCGGAUGGCGACGUGUCCUCGACCGACUCCUCCGACGUGGUUCCGGAGAUGCAGCUCCUCGACUUCUCAGAAGCGCCAUGGGACGAAUCCGAGAGCCUCCACCUGCGCAAGUACCCCUCGCUGGAGAUCGACUGGGAAUCCAUCCUUUCAUAAUGCAAAGGCUCUGCUCGUCUCGUCCCCGCAGUUCCUGAUCAAACUGUUCUUGGUUGCUCUGUACUUCACAGAAUCACAGCUCCAAAGAUCAAAGUGGUUGUCUUGGUGGUUAGGUACUUGUCAGUUUAGGUUUUGGGUUUGAUCAUGUCUAGCAUCAACCCCUGGUCUGCUUGGUUUCUUAAAUGGCAUUGCCAGGAAGGAGGUCUCUCCCGCACUUUGGAUUAAGGAAAUUACUACUAUGCAUGCAAAGGUCUCAUGUAUAUACAUUUGAAAUCCACUCUGUAGUUGCAAUGAUCCAAAUAAAUACCACUUUGUGACACUAGAA